CGACGCUUGGUUUGUAUUUGGUUGGCGAUACGAGCCCCGUCCUAACGUAAUGAGAGAUUAGUUUGUGCAAUCACAAUAGGUUUGUUGCACACAUCCGAAACAUUUAGCCUUACCUCGAACUACAUCCUCUUAGUAGUAGCAUGUUUUAAUCGCCCUCUUAUAUGCAGGCGUCCCAUCCCCAUCAUCCUGACACAAAGCGGCAGACAUGGUAGAGCCAACAACACACAAGUUUGCAUCCUUGGUAGAGGAGCUGAGUUUCUGGAAGGAGCAGGCAGAGAGACACCAGCAAAGGGCUGAUGAGGCACAGGAGGAGCUACAGGAGUUUCAGCAGAUGAGUCGAGACUAUGAAGCAGAACUGGAAACCGAGCUGAAGCAAUGCGAGAGUCGAAACAAAGAGCUGCUUUUAGACAACAACCGACUGCGCAUGGAACUGGAAAGCAUAAAGGAGAAAUUUGAGGCUCAGCACUCUGAUGCUUUCAGGCACAUCUCAACUCUGGAGGAAGAUCUGGCACAAACCAGAGCAGUGAGAGAUCACCUGCAGAAAUACAUCAGAGAGCUGGAGCAGUCCAAUGAUGACCUGGAGAGGACCAAAAGGGCCACCAUAAUGUCUCUGGAGGACUUUGAGCAGCGGAUGAACCACGUCAUUGAGAGGAAUGCCUUUCUUGAGAGCGAGUUGGAUGAGAAAGAGAACCUGCUCGAGUCAGUUCAGAGGCUCAAGGAUGAAGCCAGAGACCUUCGCCAGGAGCUGGCUGUACGUCAGAAGGAAAGACGGCCAUCCAGCAGCCUGGGCAAAGACAUGGAUCGAGCAGAUCUGCCAUGCCCAUCAGCUGGGAACCCAUCCAUCCCCGUCACACCCUCCAAACCUCUCAGCUCAUUUGCCACGCCCCCUGCUUCCAGUAUCCGACGAGGUGAUGGUCUAACAGGGACUCCCCUCACCACAUCAGCUAGAAUAUCUGCACUCAACAUUGUCGGGGAGCUGCUGAGAAAAGUUGGAAAUCUGGAGUCAAAGUUGGCGUCCUGUCGAGACUUUGUCUACGAUACAUCUAUCAGCAGACCAGCACUUCCGGCUGGUCCUAGUAGUCCUUCUGGUUUAGAAAGAGGCUCUGAGAUCCAAGCUACCAGCAUGAGCCCCCCUCCUCAGUACGACAGUUUAGUGAAGCGGUUAGAGUUCGGACCAGCUCCUCCGAGAGGAGUCUCCCAGGGUGCCCAGUCUCCGCAGGGAGGUGUCAAGAUUCUGCUAUGAGAGGAAAAAGGAGGCGAACCACCCCCCUCCUUCAAUAAUCUGACACCAACCUGUCCUCUCCCUCCUUAAUAAACUACAGCAAUGGGACCUUGAACUGAGCAGUCUUCCCUUGUCGUCCUGUGCCCUGCUGAACUAUUUGAACAAGAAAGCCGCUCUCCCAGCUCCAUGCCCCACAUAAUCAGCGCAUGGACUUCUGCUGCCUCGGGCUAACAUCACACUAUAUCUGUCAUAGGACCCAGCACUACAGCUUGUGUAAAAGAAGCUACAAUGUAUCUUCUACUGUGACGCUGUGGUGGGUAGCAUCUAAAAAAUCCUUCUGUGUUACUGAUUAGCUUUUUGUGGCGGAUCGGGUAUAACAGGGCUGUUGAAACGUUACUGCAUCCAGAGAACAGAUUUAGGCUGGUUGUUGCACUUGCCCAUCGAUCAUUACAUGAAUAACAGCUACUGGAUGUGAACCAGUUAUAGAACUUGGAGUGUCAUUUAUAAAAAGGUUGGAUCAUACAAAUAUUGUCCAGAACUUUAAAGCUUUAUCAAUGAAAAACUGACCAAACAUAAAAGAAAUGGAAUAGAUUAUUAUUAUUAUUUCUUUUUUUGUUUUUUUGACAUGGAAUCUGAUGUGAAAACUUUAAAGUCUGUUUUUGUUCUUUAUUCUUUGAACUAUGGGCUCAAAUGAUGUAGCACUGAACAACAACGGCAUAUACUAACAUCUGUUGUGGAGGAGCUAGAUAUCGUAAUAUUUUUCUUUCCAAGCUGAGCCCCCAAUUAUUUUUUUCUAGAAGAGAUUCGCAAUUAAAAAAAAAAAAAAAGUUGAGAAUGAAUUAGUCGCAGCCAGGAACUGAUGCUAGUAUUUUAGCCAUCGCUGCCUUCAUCAGUGUUGUUUCCUGUUGAGUUUGUAGGCCUUGCUUUGCUGUAUUUGAUAAAACAAGUGAAAUAGUUUAUUUAUUCCCCAUGCUGCCAGGCUUCUACAAUUCAGAUGAUACCACUUUUCUUCAGGCUAGUUUAAUCUGACAUGCCAUUCAGUUUGACCCAGGUCCUUCCUGCCACCUCCUUCCUGCCAUUGCACAGACUUGUUUUAGCAGACUCAUUUCUUCCUGGUAUGCAAGGUUUAUGAAUGUGAAGUUUAGGAUUAUGUUUUGUUUUGCUUCAGAGGUGAUAAGAUGUUCAUUUGUUGUGCCACAGAUUUAUGAUCUAAGGUUGUCAAUAACAUUUAUUCUGAAUUUAGCUGACUGUAGAAGUUAGAUGGGCACAUGUUCACUACUGAAUGUACAGUAAUAAUUCCCUAAUAGGUGUGAGACCUCCUGUCGGCCAUCAAGGGUUAUAUGGUGGGUGAAUGGGGGGGAAAGUACCAAGCAAUAAUAGAUUUUAAUAGAUCAAAGAUAAGCACAGCUCAUAGUAUAUUUGUGUAGGUAUAUAGAGCCUAUAUUGAAUUCCCUUUUCCUGCCUUUUGAAGAGAGAUAUUGUAAAUGGGGAAAUGGAGUGAUAAACUAUAUUUGUGACGUCUGUACUUUUCCCUAAAAUGUUUCUGGUCAAUCUUGAGUUGUCACUACUGCCAACCAGCAGCUCAUUAAGCAAAUAUUACCGUACAUAUCUCAAUAUCACGUUUAUACAGCGGUCGUCGCUGCAGUGUAGCCUGUGUGUAGGAAUGAACUCGUGGUUCAUGCAUAUCAGAACUGGAUGUCUUUUCUUUCUUCUCUGCUGUCUAACCUUCCUUCAACUAACACAAGCUGACUGUAACUGUAAUCCACAACCACUGUGUACUGGGUGUUUGUAUGCAGCAACUGCUUCUGUAUUUGGACUUUAAACUGUAUGUGCCUGAGGUACUAUACCCAACUUUGGUCCUAUUGGUUUGCAGUUUUUUUUUUAAUUGAACUGAACAGAUGAGAAUAACGUUCUGUUGUGAUGAUCCAGUUUGAUCUUUGAAGUUACUGACCAAGACAGAAACAUUAAAAGGAGAAAAUCAAA